AUGUUUCUGUCGUACGCCACCGUGCCCAUGUUCGCUUUCAUGGUACUGUUGAAUUUCUUCUUCUUGUACUCUCCCGUCGAGUCCGUGAUGAACGGCAGGCUCUACGAUACGUGCCAGAAGUGUCUGGAUGACACUUGCCACAAAAAAUUUCAUAGGCCGUGCCUUUUCAAAAACGGCGCGUACUUUUGUUUCACUUGUAAUCCCGAAAAUGGCAACCAAAAGUUCUACACCCUAACCGAAUGCCAGGGCCAAUGCACAGACCCGAGGAGGACGUGCGUUUGUGCCGAUGCGUGUUACAUGUGCGCCCCAAAAGGGGCCAGGAAUGAUCCAGGGAGUUGCAGAAGGCCCACCAUUCAUGAAAUGAAUAAGUGCGGGUAA